UACCCCCGAACCCUAGCUCCAUCCGGCGGCGGCGGCGCAAGCAGAAGAGGCGAGCGCGGCGAACUCCGGCGAGCGAAGGAAGGAAGGAGGCGCCGGCCAUGGUGAAGUUCCUGAAGCCCGGGAAGGCGGUGAUCGUGCUGCAGGGGCGGUUCGCGGGGCGGAAGGCGGUGAUCGUGCGCGUGUUCGAGGAGGGCACCCGCGACCGCCCCUACGGCCACUGCCUCGUCGCCGGCCUGGCCAAGUACCCCAAGAAGGUGAUCCGCAAGGACUCGGCGAAGAAGACGGCGAAGAAGUCGCGCGUCAAGUGCUUCCUCAAGCUCGUCAACUUCACCCACAUCAUGCCCACCCGCUACACCCUCGACGUCGACUUCAAGGACGUGGCCUCCGGCGGGCCCGACGCCCUCGCCACCCGCGACAAGAAGGUCGCCGCCUGCAAGGCCGCCAAGGCCCGCCUCGAGGAGAGGUUCAAGACCGGCAAGAACCGGUGGUUCUUCACCAAGCUCCGCUUCUAGGCCCGCCUGCUAGCUCGGUUGCUCCUUGUUGUCAGUCACUCCGUUAAUCUAUCUCUGCUUUUUCGUGUUGGUUUGUCCGUCAAGACUUUGAUUGUUAGUAUCGAUCGAUCUUGGAGGGUUUAAUUAUGACAUGAUUAUGAUUAUGCUCAUGUGUUAUGGUAUCUUGCCAAGGGAAGAUCUGGUUGGGAUUUUCUGUUGAGAACUACACUGCUUCAGAUGCAAUUUAUUUUCCACAUACCUCCA